UCACUGCGUCAUCACUGAGACCCACGACCAGCUGAUCGAUCGGACCCACUUAGCAGUGAUUUUCUCGGGUGGGCGAACGAAACCCGCUUUCAGUGUCUUCCGUUGCGGCAGAGGACAAAGGUUUCUCCCGCCCCCAAGCGCCAGUCGAAGCCAUCGCGAUGACCUUUCUGGAGUUUCUGCUGCUCCUGCUGGUGCUCUACUACGUGGUCUACGUGCUCCUCUGGAUCCUGCUCGACUGCAAUGUGGCGCUGUGGUACAAAUCCCGCUUCGGAGUCUCCCUGUCGUCGAUGCGCGGCCAGGUGGUCUGGAUAACAGGUGCCUCGAGUGGAAUUGGCCGCGCCUUGGCCCUCAGUUUGGCCAGACAGGGAGUGAAAUUGGUGCUAAGUGCCCGGAGAAUCGAGCAAUUGGAGAGGGUUCAGGAGGAAUGUCUGGCGGCAGCGCGAGGAUUGCUGGCCACCAAGGAUGUGCUGGUCAUACAGAUGGAUAUGCUCGAUAUAGACGAGCAUAAAACGCAUCUGCACACGGUUCUGAAUCACUUUCAUCGUUUGGAUGUCCUGGUGAACAAUGCCGGCCGAUCCCAGCGAGCCAGUUGGACCGAAGUGGAGAUCGAGGUGGAUCGGGAGCUCUUCGAACUGGAUGUCUUCUCGGUGGUUCAUCUCAGUCGCCUGGUGGUGCGCUACUUUGUGGAGCAGAAUGGCGGCAGGGGUCACAUUGCCGCCACUUCCAGCAUCGCCGGCUUCAGUCCGGUGCCCUUUUCACCCACUUAUUGCGCUGCCAAGCAUGCUUUGAAUGCCUACUUGCUCUCGCUGAAGGUGGAGAUGCGCAAGCUGGAUGUUUCCCUCUUUGCUCCCGGUCCCAUUGCCACCGACUUCCUGCAGGAGGCCUUCACGGGCGAGCAGGGCGGCAAGGUGGGCCUGAGUACGGCCAAUCAAAAGCGGAUGACAGCCCAACGUUGCGGUGAUCUCUUCGCCGUCGCCCUGGCUAAUAAGAUGGACCUCACCUGGUGCGGCCUCUUUCCCGUCAAUCUGUUGGCCUACUGCGCCCGGAAUCCCACGCUGAGCAAGAUCCUGGCCCAGUUCAUGACCGAGAAGACGCUGAACAAGAUUCGCGAGGGCAAACUGUGAGAAGAUCGGUCGAAAGCCUCGCCUCUCCCUCCUCCUCGAAACGGCUCUCAGUCAACUUUUAUACUAUUGUACAGUGUUUAACUAUAUAGAAACAUAUAUAAAUAUAUGUUCCCGAGAUUAA